UCGUGCUUUUAAGAGGAAACUUUGUGUUUUGUUCUGCAAGUUCACUUUAGUUCUCGCUCCUCUCUCCUGUGCAUUUCACUUUCUCGUGUAUCCUCAGAGUUUGGAGCAGAAGAUGCGCACGCGGAUAAAUGGACCGGUUCGGCUCUGUUCUUAAAUUCAUCUUAAUUCUUACAUUUGGAUUUACGUCUCCAAAAGUCUUGGACUAAAGUGAACUUCAUUUCUUCAUCGGAUGGAAUGAUGUGGAGGAUUGUUUUGUUGUGUUGCACUUUGUGCGCUGCGUUACGCGCAUCUGGUGGAGUUGCGUUCGGCGCGUUCUCUACACCUGCCAGCGCGUCUCUGCGCACACCUGCCCACCGGAGCAGCGGCGUCGUGCGUGCCGUGGACAGGAUUUAUCACGGCGGAGGUAAAGCUGGUUAUCUUUUGUACCUGGACGGCCGGCGUUUUCAGUUGGAUAUGGAACGGGAUGAGUCGAUACUGUCGCGUCACUUCAGUCCCAGUGUGGCCGCCCUGCUGAACGCAAGCCAGGACGCGGCGCCUCUGCGCCUGGAAUGCGUUUACCGCGGAACCGUGAACACAAACGCGGAGUCUCUGGCGGUGUUUAGUUUGUGUGGCGGGGGACUUCAGGGAUUUUUCGCCAUUGAUCACGCGCGGUACACGAUCACACCUGUCAUACGGGCGUCGGGACACGAGAAUGACUUGCGCAUCGUUGAGGAUGCUGACGCGACGCGCGCUCUUCACUAUUACACGCGCGAGCGCUUCACUUUCAAAGCGAUGCCCGAGUUGCACAGCUGCGGCACGCGUGAUGGGAAAAGACCAAAGCGCACACGCGGCUCUCGAGGGAUGCGAAGGAACCUGCUGCUGGAUGAGGAUGCGAGCGGAAGAACUUGGUGGACAAAGUUAAUCAAGUCGGAUGCGACGCGGACGAUGAGGCGCAAGAGGUCCAUGUCUCGCGCCCGGACCGUAGAGCUCCUGCUGGUCGCGGAUGAUACCAUGACGAAAAAAUACGGAAAGGACCUGCAUCACUACCUGUUGACGCUCGCGUCCAUCGCGUCCAAACUGUACGGUCACGCCAGCAUCGAAAACCCCAUCCGUCUAUCCGUGGUGAAUGUCGUGGUUCUGGCAGAGGGUGAGAAAGGCAUUGAAGUGUCCAAAAACGCGGCCGCAACGCUCAAGAGUUUCUGUAAGUGGCAGAACCAGCAGAACCCAUUAGAUGACGACCACCACCAUCACCAUGACGCGGCCAUCCUCUUCACCAGGCAGGAUCUGUGUGGACAUCAUUCAUGCGACACUCUCGGGAUGGCUGACGUGGGUACCGUGUGUUCUCCAGAGAGGAGCUGUGCCGUCAUCGAGGACGACGGGCUUCACGCGGCGUUCACCGUGGCGCACGAGAUCGGGCAUCUGCUGGGUCUGUCUCACGACGACUCGAAGUUCUGCGAAGAACGCUUCGGCUCCAACGAGGAUAAACGCCUCAUGUCGUCUAUCCUGACAUCCAUCGAUGCCUCCAAACCCUGGAGCCGCUGUACGUCGUCCACGAUCACAGACUUCUUCGAUGACGGCAACGCCGAGUGUCUGUUGGAUUCACCUCGCCAGCCUUUGUUGGGUCCAGAAGAGCUGCCCGGUCAGAGUUACGAUGCCGCACUUCAGUGUCGUUUAGCUUUCGGACCGGAGUACACCAUGUGUCCGGGCAUGGACGUGUGCGCCCGCCUGUGGUGUGCUGUGAUCAGGAAAGGGCAGAUGGUUUGUCUGACCAAGAAACUCCCAGCUGUUGAAGGUACACCGUGCGGCAAGGGAAGAAUCUGUCUACAGGGGAAAUGUGUGGACAAAACCCGCAAGAAACAUUAUUCGAUGUCUAAUCAUGGCAGUUGGAGCUCGUGGGGUUCGUGGGGUUCGUGUUCACGCACUUGUGGCAGCGGUGUCCAGUUUGCACAGCGUCUCUGCAAUAACCCUCCACCGCGAAACAACGGCCAUUACUGCACGGGAAAGAGAGCCGUCUACAGGUCCUGUAACGUCAACCCGUGCCCGCCAUCCAAUAAGAGUUUCAGACAGGAACAGUGUGCGCUCCGGGACGGCCCUCAAACAGACCCUAAAGGAGUGAAGACUUUUGUGGAAUGGGUACCAAAAUAUGCAGGAAUUCUGCCGAAAGACGUCUGCAAGUUAACCUGCCGGGCAAAAGGCACAGGAUACUAUGUUGUGUUUUCUCAGAGAGUGAUUGAUGGAACAGAAUGCCGGCCGUACAGCAGCUCAGUUUGUGUUAAAGGAAAGUGUGUCCGUACCGGCUGUGAUGGAAUCGUUGGCUCUAAACUUCAGUUUGAUAAGUGUGGCAUCUGUGGUGGAGAUGAAAACAGCUGUAUCAAAGUCGCUGGAAAUUUCACUAAGAAGAGUAAGGGUUACACGGAUGUCGUGAAGGUGCCCGAGGGCUCGACACACCUGAAGGUUCGACAGUAUAAACCUAAAGGCCAGACACGUUACACCGCUUACCUCGCCCUACGUCGGCCCGGUGGAGAAUAUCUUCUAAACGGAAAGUUUAUGAUCUCCACGUCAGAGAUGGUUAUUCCCCUCAACGGCUCCGUCCUCAACUACAGCGGAUGGAGCCAGAGAGACGAGUACCUUCACAGCAUGGGCCCCGGGGCCUUACAGGAAAGCCUGGUGGUGCAGAUUCUCGCCACAGACGCUAAGAAGCCGCUAGACAUCCGCUAUAGCUUCUUCAUGCCUCGUAAAAUACCGCUUCCCCCUCGGACGUCACUCGUCGCAUCUUCUGGCACUGCCGCGGCGUUGUUGUCGUCAGAGGAGAUCAUGACAUUUACUACCGAGGUUCCUUCGACGACAGAGCCUCCGUCGACCACGAUCGCAGGACCCCUGUGGGUGACGGGACCGUGGAUGAUGUGCUCUAGAACUUGCGAUACAGGUUGGCAAAGUCGCACGGUGCAAUGCAAAGACCAUCAGGACAAGCUGGCCAAAGGCUGCCCGCUCACCACCAGACCCUCGGCUUUCAAAAACUGCCUGAAUAAAAAGUGUUGAGGACUUAUGAAUGAAAUAAACUGAGGAACGUUGUUUUCUGGUUGGCCACAUCAGGUGUCCAGCAGACACAUGGAGCACAAACAUGACUGAACCAUUGCUGGUUCCUUUAGACUGACGGUUGUGUUUGUAUAAAUGCUGUUUCAUGAUCUAAACACAAUCACUGUGGACUCCUGCUAGCGUUCAGAUUUGUGUUGUUUUGUGACUUGGACGCAGAGCUUUGGCUCAGACCGGUCGCUCGAUGUAGCUCCGCCCCUUUGACAAUCCUGCAACCAUUUUCCUGAAGGGCACAGCCUGUUAAACACUGAAUAUGCUACUGGUAUCCAGAUGUAUCAGGUCAUAUGAGCAUCAUUCAUUGUCUCGCAGUACUUCAAGUCAAACUAUAAACUUUUGACAGGAGGAGCAGUACAAGCUGUGUGAAAUAGUGAUUAUGUAAAGUCGACGAUUCAAAAAUCUAAGAUGAUUAUUCAGGACGUUUAUCUGAAUGUUGGUUUUGUGGGUUAUCUGAUAACAUUGUUCAUGUGUGUGUGUGUUUGUGUGUGUUUCACUGCACCCUACUAGUUAGUGUGCAGUGAUUAUUAUUAACCCUAACCCCAUCUGUGUCCCUGGACCAUAAAACCAGUCAAUUUUCUGAAAUUGGGAUUUAUACAUCAUCCAAAGGCUGAAUACAUAAGCUUUCUAUUAAUGUGUGAUUUGUUAGGAUAUGACAAUAUUAGUCAGAGAUUCAACUAUUAUUUAAUUAUUAUCUUAAGAGUGCACAAAAAUCUAAAUAUUGAGAAAAUGGCCUUUAAAGUUGUCUGAAUAUAUUUUUGAUAUAUUAACAGUAGUACAUUUACAAAAUAUCUUCAUGGAACAUGAUCUUACAUUUAUUCCUAAUGAUUUAUGGCAUAAAAGAAAAAUUGAUCAUUUUGACCCUUAUAAUGUAUUGUUGGCUAUAGUGCUACAAAUACAGUGAGGAAAAUAAGUAUUUGAACACCCUGCUAUUUUGCAAGUUCUCCCACUUAGAAAUCAUGGAGGGGUCUGAAAUUGUCAUCAUUGGUGCAUGUCCACUGUAAGAGACACAAUCUUCACAAUGUAUGAUUUUUUAAUUAUUUAUUUGUAUGAUACAGCUGCAAAUAAGUAUUUGAACACCUGAGAAAGUCAAUGUUAAUUUUUGGCACAGUAGCCUUUUACAGAGGUCAAAGGUUUCCUGUAGUUUUUCACCAGGAUUGCACACACUCCUCCACACAGAUCUUCUCUAGAUCAGUCAGGUUUCUGCCCUUUUGCUGAGAAACACGGAGUUUGAGCUCCCUCCAAAGAUUCUCUAUUGGGUUUAGGUCCGGAGACUGGCUAGACCACGCAAGAACCUUGAUAUGCUUCUUACAGAGCCACUCCUUGGUUAUCCUGGCUGUGUCCUUUGGGUCAUUGUCAUGUUGGAAGACCCAGCCUCGACCCAUCUUCAUUGCUCUAACUGAGGGAAGGAGGUUGUUCCCCAAAAUCUCGCAACACAUGGCCCCGGUCAUCCUCUCCUUAAUACAGUGCAGUCACCCUGUCCCAUGUGCAAAAAAACACCACCAAAGCAUGAUGCUGCCACCCCCAUGCUUCACAGAUGGGAUGGUGUUUUUGGGAUGGUACUCAUCAUUCUUCUUCCUCCAAACACGUUUAGAGGAAUUAUGACCAAAAAGUUCUAUUUUGAUCUCAUCUGACCACAUGACUUUCUCCCAUGACUCCUCUGGAUCAUCCAAAUGGUCAUUGGCAAACUUAAGACGGGCCUGGACAUGUGCUGGUUUAAUCAGGGGAACCUUCCGUGCCAUGCAUGAUUUCAAACCAUGACGUCUUAGUGUUUUACCAACAGUAACCUUGGAACCGGUGGUCCCAGCUCUUUUCAGGUCAUUGACCAGCUCCUCCCGUGUAGUUCUGGGCUGAUUUCUCACCUUUCUUAGGAUCAUUGAGACCCCACGAGAUGAGAUCUUGCAUGGAGCCCCAGUCUGAGGGAGAUUGACAUGUUUAGCUUCUUCCAUUUUUUAAUGAUUGCUCCAACAGUGGACCUUUUUUCACCAAGCUUCUUGGCAAUUUCCCUGUAGCCCUUUCCAGCCUUGUGGAGGUGUACAAUUUUGUCUCUAAUGUCUUUGGACAGCUCUUUGGUCUUGGCCAUGUUAGAAGUUGGAUUCUUACUGAUUGUAUGGGGUGGACAGGUGUCUUUAUGCAGCUAACGACCUCAAACAGGUGCACCCCUCCGAUAUUUAUAAGUGGGAGAACUUGCAAAAUAGCAGGGUGUUCAAAUACUUAUUUUACUCACUGUACACUGUAUAUGCGACUUAUAACUGGUUUUGUGGUCCAGGGUCACAUUUACAAAAACAGUGGCAAAAAUACCAUGAUCUUUUGGAAAUUUACCCUUGUACCACCCUGUAAAAACAUGCAGCAAGAAUUUAAAACAACUUGGUUUUGUAAGUCAAUUCAACCCACCAUUUUAAGUUUUACCUUCAAUAAGUUGGUAUAACUUAUAAAAACAAGUUGUUUAACUUAAAGUAAAAUGUAUAAAAAUAUAGGUUAAUUUGACGAAAAUGCUGCAUUUUUUUUACAGUGCAGGGUAAAUAAAUGUCAGUACCGUACUGUAUAUCAAAGUACUAUAGUAUUACCAUCUGAUAGCAUCAUAGUAUCAUCACUGUACAUUUUUUGUAAGUGUCUGUAUGUCUCAGUGUGACUGUACAUCGGUUUCUCUAUAAGAGUCGAGGUACUUGAAAAUGACAACGUGUCCUGAACACUCGCAAUCAUGCCAGCCAAUCACGAUCACACGGUUACCAUGGCAAUGAUGUUUCCAAUCAUUGCUCACCUGUUGCACACCUCACUUCAGCAUCGUUUCUCAAACAAACUUCAGGAAAUAAAGACAUGCAGGAAUAAAUGCUAAAAUAAACAGUGUUGAGGUCGUUUAAUGUGACUCAAAGUGAAUUAAACAUCCCUGUGCUCACAUCAGAUGAUAUAACUCAACACAUCUUAAACUCUGUGUGUGUGAAACCUUACAUUAGAUUUAUAUACCGCUCAUAGUAGUAUAAUAACACACAGAUCUCUCUCUCUCUCUCUCUCUCUCUCUCUCUCUCUCUCUCUCUCUCUCUCUCUCUCUCUCUCUCUCUCUC